AGCUGCGUCAACAGUGAAGUGUGAACAGUCAAUUCAUAACCAAAGAACAAAUAAACGUUCGAAAUCCAUACUUGCCAUAGUGUGAAUGUGUUUUUGUAUUUAAUCAGUGAUUAACUGAUGUCGGUGUAUUUUAAUAUCACUUUCUAAUAACUCAAUCCUGCUACUGGGUGUAACAACUCGAGAAAAACAAUUUUAUUUUGAAAUUUGACGUGUGUCAAACAUAACCUCAAAGAAAUAUGAUAUGUCAGAGCGUCGGAUAAUUUGUUUUGGAUGUCAUGAAUCUCACCUUGUCGGACAGCUUAUUAGGGCGACAAAGGAGCCGACAAUGGACCCCACUGGUGUCACAACAGUACUGUCUACGACACGUCCAUCAAAUUCUUGGCCUGAAUUUCCCGCAUUUACCGAAAAAGGGGGCAUAUUAUUUCACGUUGCACCUAACCACAAUGAGUGCCCCCUUCUACACCAGUGAAAAAGCAGAAGGUAUCAAUCCGAAAUGGCCCGAGCUGGAUUUGCGCAAUUUAACAAACUUAGCAGCCACAGCCCUCGUACUGCGAGUAUGGCGCUACUGCGAUGAUACCUCUGAUACCAUCAUCUCCACUUGGGGUGUGAAUCUGUCAGGGCUCGUCUACUUAGGGAAUAAAAUCGCCGACAUCCAACCGGCCUUUUUCAACCCUAAUUCUGUGAUAUUUAAUAUAAGGGGUGGCUUUUUCACGAGUAGGCAUGUACUGAAUGAAGAGUGCUCUAAACCACCUCCUUUCAUAGACAGUUUAAACGUGAUGGAGGUUGGUGGUUGUAAGCAAAUUUUCAAGAAGACGAGCGUACAGGUUCCAAAGAGCGAAGUUAGGAGUAGUUAUAAUAUCGACAAGUUGAGGAAACUGCACUCACUUCAAGUUACUAUUAAAAAUAAGAGUUUGGAUGUGCAAGGUGUUCGGGAAAAAAUUGAACUCAAGUGUGGUAUUAAUGCGCCAGAAGAACAAAGUUCACCGGAGGUUCCGUGCAAUUCUAGUCCUUCAAAUGUUAGGUACGCCCCACAGUUACUUACCAUGAAAUCGGUCAACAAAAUGUUGGAGCAAAAACCCACAAAGAUGCAAAGAAAAGAAAUGGAAAAAUUGCGAAACGAAAUCGAACUCGAACAGUUCAAAAGCAAACUAUUAUCGCAAGAAAGAGAUAAGAAGUCGGCUUUAAUUAGACGUUUUAAGAACAAAUUAAAAGACUUAGUAGACACAAAUGAAAAGAAAAACCUGGAAUUGAUGGAUAAUUACUACAAACUAAGACGUGAAGCGGAAAAAUUGAAAGAUUUGAAAAAACAAAUGCUACCAAACCAUGAGUUAUUAAUGACCUUGUAUUCUCAGCUGUACCAUCGAAGGAGACAACUCCUUCAGCAACUUUUAUUUAUUUAUCCAAUUCAACAAGUUUCAGAAAAGAAAUACACAAUCCAGGGAAUUUAUGUACCCAAUUCGGAUAUGUUGUCAGAUUGUUCCGAUACAGGGAUUUCUGUAGCUUUAGGAUACAUAACACAUGUUCUUUUAAUGUCGUCUACGUUCCUACAAGUGCCCUUAAGAUACCCAAUGACGCAUUACGGGUCAAGAUCGUUCAUUACAGAUCACGUGUCACCUAUUCUACCCGACAGAGAAAGAGACUUUCCACUUUUCACCAAAGGCAAAGAAAAAAUCCAGUUUACUUACGCAGUGUAUUUAUUAAACAAGAAUAUUUCCCAACUCAGGUGGCUCUUUUUCAUGCAUACACCUGAGCUCAAAGCGACAUUGCCAAAUCUCUUAACCUUCCUAGAAGGUAGAGACUGUAAAGAAACCCUCCCUCUAGUUACUUGUAGUUUAGGUAUAAAAAACGACAUAGAGAGCACCCGUUUUCAAGAAAACAUCAAACUAAACGAAGAAAGGUACCAACAACUACCCAAACGAUACAACAAGAUGUACAGAAGUUGCGAAUGUGGACCAGGCUUAAGCGAGAUUUUGGCCAUUCCUGAAGCUUUCAUGAACAAACAGAUCACGUCAGAUUCGUUCAAAAACUACAUCGCUUCGAAGAAAUCAGCUGAACAAAAUAGCGCUUCAAUCGUCAUUAAGGAAGGCAUAGUUGACGAAACCACCAAAAACUGUGAUAAUAGCGAAGAAGUUAUCGAACAAGGGACGGAUUUGCUGGAUCCUUCUGUGGAUCUAGCCGAUUUGGAGGGUGUGGAAGAGCAGGUUUGCACCAGAGACGAUCUAGACAGCGGUGGUGGUGGUGAGAGUGAGUGUUUAAAUCGCGGGAAACAAGGCGAUUGCGUCGAUGAUGAGGUUCAAAGGUUGGAGAGCAAUCACUCUGAGCUUCUGGAAAAGUGGAUGAAGAAUGGUACUUCUUCGGAGUGUUGCAGCAACGACGGGAGUCUAUUGCAGACGUGCGAGAAGUUCGCAGAGAUUUCCGUUAACACAGUACAAAGCCUCGAUAGUCCGCUGAUGGCAAGGACGGACGCCUUGCUUAACACUAAAUCGUUCAACUUGGUUAAGCCAAAACCGAAUUUGUGAUUGUUUUAUCGAAAUAUUUAGAUUGUAUUUUAUUUUUUAAAUGAAUUUUCUGUAUUUUAUUUCAUGUCUUGUUUUGUUUUCUCAUUUCUAGGAGUUACUGUUAAUUUAAAGGAAUUCUUAUAAUAAAUAUUUAUUCCAUUUUA